AUGGCUUCUAACCUCACUGUUCUGGUGAAGAAUAUUAGCGCAGACGCGAGCGACAACGAAGUUAGGGACUUCUUCAGCUUCUGUGGCAAGAUCACUGAGAUUAAGGUCACACCGGGCGAAGGCAAUACGAAAGAUGCCAGCGUCACCUUCGAGAAGGAGACUGCCGCUAAGACUGCACAGCUCCUAAACAAUACUCAACUCAAAGGAUCGCAGAUUUCUGUAAUUCCCGCCGAUGGUCAAGUCGAUGAUGGUACCCCUCAUACCACUAAUGCCGACCGAGAUACCGAUGAGAUUACUCAGGAAGAGAAACCAAGAAGUCGUAUCUUGGCUGAGUACCUUGCUCAUGGUUACGUCGUGGGCGAUGCUGCUCUCCAGCGUGCGAUUGAGCUUGAUCACACGCACGGGCGUUACCAACCGUUUCAUGAACACCUUAAUGAACCUCGACCAGAAGUACCACGCUACCGAACUCCUUUAGUGGCAGCCUCAGCUCGUACUUCGAGAAAGCGACAAGCUCCCCUAUGGCAAGAGCUGGUUAAGUUUUACACUGAAGGCCAGCGUCAAGUGCAAGACAUCCAUGCCGAGGCGCGCCGUCUAGCUGAUCUCAAGAAGGAGGAGCAUGGUGGCUCUGCAUACAAAGCCUCGGGGCUUGAGAGAGUCUUCGGCAAGGAGAAGGCACAGACAGCACAGCCAACUUCUUCCGGCAAUGCCAGCGCGGCGACGGACCCAUUCCCUGCACCCGGCCCGAAGGCUGGCACGGAGGAAUCAACCCCUCUGAGCACAACGGGUCCUAUUCCCUCGAAGGUGCCUGGAGAUGAGAAGGCAUAA